AUGACGACGCACGAGGAAGGACGAGAGUACGACAUCAUCUUUGCUGGAGGUGGCACCGCCGCCUGUGUGGCUGCUGGCCGUCUGGCCCAUGCGGACCCUGGCCUGUCCAUCCUCCUCGUCGAGGUUGGCAGGAACAACUUCAACGAUCCAACCAUCGUCAACCCGGCCCUGUACCUGUCCCACCUCGCCCCGGGCUCCAAGACGGCUCUCUUCUACCAGGCCAACGAGGAGAAGGCGAUCAAUUCCCGAGCGGCUGUCGUGCCUGCCGGAGGCGUCCUCGGCGGCGGCUCCUCCAUCAACUUCAUGAUGUACACGCGAGGCAACCUCCUGCCCUUUGCCAAGAAGCUUGAAACCUACCAUCUUGACGACCCGGCCGUCGACAAGGCCCUCCACGGCUACGACGGCCCCGUCAACGUCUCCCUCGGCACCUACAGCCAGCGAGGCCCGCAAGACGACAUCCUCGCCGCCGCCGAGGCCCUCGGCAUCGAGGAGAUUGUCGAUCUGCAGGAUUUCAAGGCCGCCAAUGGCUUCUCCCGCUGGCUGAGAUACAUCGGGCCCGACGGGAAGAGACAGGACGCCGCCCACCGCUACAUCCAUCCGCUCCUGGUCUCGGGCAAGUACCCCAAUCUUCACCUGCUGCUCGAGAGCAAGGUGAGCCGUGUGCUGUUCGAUGGUCGCCGCGCCACGGGCAUCGAGUAUGUGCCCUCGGCGGCCACCCCGCCCGACGCAGGGCUGAGCAAGGUCUCGCCGUCCGUCAUCCGUGCGAAGAAGCUCGUCGUCGUCUCCGCCGGUGCCCUCGGAACGCCAUCCAUCCUCGAGAGAUCCGGCGUCGGUCGUGCCGAGCUGCUCGAGAAGCUCGGCAUCGAUCUCGUCGCCGACCUGCCCGGUGUCGGCGACGAGUACCAGGACCACAACUUGGUCCUGCUCCCCUUCAAGACGACUCUCGAGCCGAACGAGACGCUCGACGGCCUCCUCAGCGGCCGCCUCGACUUUGCCGAGGCCGCGGCGGAGGGGAAUCCGAUCCUUGGCUGGAACGGCAUCGACAUUGGCGCCAAGCUGCGCCCCUCGGACGAGGAAGUGGCCCGGAUGGGUCCCGACUUCCAGAAGCUCUGGGAUCGCGACUUCAAACACCAGACAACGAAGCCCAUGAUGCUCGUCGGCAUCCUCUCCUCCUACCUCGGCGACCACAAGCUGCUCGUGCCACGAGAGGACGGCGGGACCCAGUACGCCACCAUCGGCGCCUACACGGCCUACCCUUAUUCCCGCGGCAACAUCCACAUCGUCUCCAAGGACCCCCACGCGCCCGCAUCCUUCAACACCGGCUAUCUCGACCACCCGGCCGACCUCGAGAAGCAACUCUGGGCCUACAAGAAGCUGCGCGAGCUCUACCGCCGCACCAACGCCUAUGCCGGCGAGCUCUCGCCGGGCCACCCCAAGUUCCGCCCAGGCAGCAAGGCCGCCCUCGCCGGCGAGCACCCGCCAAAGGCCGGAUACGCGACCGUCGAGGAAAGGCGGGCCCUGGCCCCGAUCGAGUACGAUGCCGAAGACGAUGCCGCCAUCGAGGACUGGAUCCGCUCCAACGUCAACUCGACCUGGCACUCCUUGGGCACCUGCAAGAUGGCACCCAAGGACAGGGGCGGCGUCGUGGACGAGAGCCUCAAUGUCCACGGAACCCAGCAACUGAAGCUUGUCGAUCUGUCGAUUGUGCCCGAAAACGUGGCGGCAAACACGUACAACACGGCGCUCAUUGUCGGAGAGAAGGCGGCCGAUAUCAUCGGCAAGGAGCUUGGCCUGUCCGUGUGA